GAAUAACAAUUAGGAUCGCUAUGCUAUUUAGAGGGAUAAAUAACUACAAAAGCAUGAAUAUAAUUUUAGAUUAGACAGAGAGUUAAGGAGCUUUGUGGUUAGGAGACUACACAGCUGCAUUUAAUUAAUAACUCUUAAAAUAAAAGAAUAUAAAAACAGUAUUAACAGUAGCAUCUGGAUUGAAUGUAAAAUACCCUGCUAAUUGUGAUAUUGUUCAUAAAGUAUAAAUUCAAUAAUUAAUUAUAGGUUUACAAUAUUCUAGAUAUUGAAUCAUGUAAUAUAAAAAGAAUAUGGGGAGAUACCUACUAAUAAAUAGAAGAAGGACUUUAAAAGGGGAGUGUCUUAGUACAUUGCGCUGCAGGUGUUUCUAGAUCAGCUGCUACAGUGAUAGCUUAUCUAAUGAGAAAAUAAGGAAUGUCAUUUUCAGAAGCCUUUUAAUUUACAAGAUUGAAGAGAAGUGUAGUGUGUCCAAACUUUGGUUUUUAAAGAUAGCUCAAAUAAUUUGAAAAAGAAUUAUAAGGUGUUAAUGGAAAAUCUGAUACUGAUAAUACUCAAUAAUUAUAAAUAUCCUAACAAUAACAAAUAAUUAAACCAAUCACACAACAACAAUAAUUAUCAAAUCUAACAAUAUAACCUCAUUCAAUUUAAAUUACUGAAAAAAAAUAAAUAAUCAGAAGAAAUUAGUUAACUCCUGCUUCUAAAUUUCCUAAAACCACAUAUCAAAGUAAUGGAAAACAAGCUCAAUCUUUAAAAAAAUGAUUUUUUAUAUAUUUAUAAUAAUUAUCAG